AUGUCUGCCUUGUUCAACUUUGCCUCUCUAUUACAAGUAAUUGUUUUGUUAAUCUGUACAUCCACGUACGUCCAUUCUAUCUGGCCCACUGUUCUGGAUAGAAACAAAACCGGAAUCAUGGGUGUGUUUUGGAAAUGUGCCCGUAUCGGCGAAAGGAUGUCUCCAUACGUUUGCAUCUCUUGUUUUGUAAUUGCUGUUAACCAACUUAUCAGUUAG